AUGUCCCUUCCUGCUGUGAGACGGCUGACCCACACGUCUCCCCGCACUUUGGCCCGCAUCCCCGUCUCUCGAGUUUCUCCCACAUUUGCUUCCUCUUCCUCCUCACGUCUGGCUGCUUUCGCUGCUCCUCGCAUUAACCAGGCUCCUCGCUUUUCCACCAUGGCUGCUCGUCAAUCCGCCGCUCCUGCGGCGCCUUCCUCCGACAAGCCCUAUGACCCCGAGAUUCAGGACAUGGCCAACUAUAUCCACCAGUACAAGGUGGACUCUGAUCUGGCAUUUGAUACUGCUCGCCUGGUCUUCCUGGACACCCUGGGCUGCGGUCUGGAAGCCCUGAAGUUCAAGGAGUGCGCCAAAUUGCUGGGCCCCGUCGUGGAGGGCACUGUGGUCCCUAAUGGCCCCAAGGUGCCCGGUACCCCGUAUCAGUUGGACCCAGUCAACGCUGCGUUCAACAUCGGUGCCAUGAUCCGCUGGCUGGACUACAACGACUGCUGGCUUGCUGCCGAGUGGGGCCACCCGUCUGAUAACCUGGGAGGUAUCCUGGCCGUCGCCGACUGGAUCUCCCGCACCAACCGCGCAGGUGGUAACCUGGGUAAUGGCAAGAUCUUGACCAUUCGUGACGUGCUCGAGGCCAUGAUCAAGGCCCACGAGAUCCAGGGUGUUCUCGCCCUGGAGAACUCCUACAACAAGGUCGGCCUCGACCACGUUGUCCUGGUCAAGGUUGCGACCACCGCUGUCGUCUCGAAGAUGAUGGGUCUUACCGAGAAGCAGACCGCCGACGCGAUCACCCAGGCUUGGGUUGAUGGCCAAUCUCUUCGCACCUACCGUCACUCUCCCAACACCAUGUCCCGUAAGUCCUGGGCCGCCGGUGACGCCUGUCAGCGUGCCGUCAACCUGGUUCUGAAGGUUCAGAAGGGUGAGGGUGGUCUGCACACCGUUCUCUCAGCCCCCACUUGGGGCUUCUACGAUGUCCUGUUCAAGGGCAAGAAGUUCCAGUUCCAGCGCCCGUACGGCAGCUACGUCAUGGAGAACGUCCUCUUCAAGGUCUCCUACCCUGCUGAGUUCCACUCUCAGACCGCCAUUGAGGCCGCAGAAAUCAUCAACAAGAAGCUGGCCGAGAUGGGCAAGUCUGCCAAGGACAUCAAGGAGAUCACUAAUCGCACCCACGAGGCCUGCAUCCGUAUCAUUGACAAGCAGUUCAAGGAGAUGGAUAACUUUGCCGAUCGUGACCAUUGUGUGCAGUACAUGGUCGCCACUAUGUUGGCGUUCAACCGUCUGACCGCCAACGAUUACGCGGAUGGUUCCGAAGCCGCUACCUCCCCUCUGGUUGAGGACCUGCGCAAGCGCAUCCGCUGUGUCGAGGACGAGCAGUUCACUGCCGAUUACCACGAUCCCUCCAAGCGCACCAUUCCCAACGCGCUGACUGUGACUUUGAACGACGGCACUGUCCUCGAGGAGGUUGUUGUUGAGGCUCCUCUGGGUCACCGUCUGCGUCGUGAGGAGGCCAAGCCCGAGAUUCUGGCCAAGUACAAGCGUCAUCUCGAGGCUCACUUUGACCAGGCCCGUAUCGAUGAAUUGCUCAAGGUGGGCUGGGACCGCCAGCAGCUUGAGAACUUUGAGGUUGACAAGUACGUUGACCUCUACGUCAAGGACAAGAUGGUUGCUGCUGCCUAG